UUUAGCAGAAUUAGGAUUACGCUUGCCUAUCGUACAUGUUUGGUUAUCUUUUCACGUAUUAGUUUUUUUUCUUUUGCCGAGGAAGCAUGCGUCCUUCGGCGUUGCGGCGUCUGAGCAUGUGGGAUAACCCCACCUUUGAGCAUAACCCCAUGCUGCGUUAUUGGAAGCGUAUGGUGAACAGUACCGGCACCACCCUUUCCUCACAAAGUAUCCCACGGCACAUCCACGGAUAUUUGGAAGGGGUGAACCCACGAACCGAGGCGAUGCUAAGGUGGUUUCCAUACAAACAGGAGCUCACGGUCAAUUCACGUUACGUACCGACUUUUAAGGAUGUGCUAUACGCACAUUAUUUUCCCCAAGAAUUCAAUGACGACGAGCGUGUGAAGUACACCGCCAUUAAAACUGGCCGAAGCGAGGUCGAGAUAGCCGAGGAGAUCUAUUUGAUGCGCAAGAUCAAGCUCAUUACCGCACAGCUCCUUCGAAAUAAACUCCACAACAGUCCUUUUCGUAUCCCGGAGGGCGCCGAUUUCUCUGAGAUCGAGCGCCGCUAUUCUUUGGGGAUUAUCCAGGUCGCUCGGGCGAUGGGCACGAGUAUGUAUAGUACAGAUACCUACGAGCCGCUCAUCAUGUACUCACCAUACUUUGAUUUCGGCGAUUGUGUGGAUCUCAUUAUCCACAAGCAGCUUCGAACGUCCCAGCAGUACCUUCUAUGUGAUAUUGUGGUUCAUAAAGGAAUUUCUUGUUCUCGCCUUCCACAUGUGAAGGAGGACCCGAAAGAACCUUUGAAGGAUUUGGAGCCUUGCCUUUUGCAAUUUAUCAAACUUCGUCUGGCCGUGCUUUGCCUUAUGGCCAAACAGGAACAUUACGUGGUUGACCAUAUAUUUGACCCCAAUCACCGGUACGGCGGGUGUCUGAUUCACCUAUUUCCUUCUCCUUUGGAUCACGAGGUGAUUGAUAAUGAGGUUGAGCAUAUCGAGGUGGAUACGGAGCUGGCCACGAAAUGGAUGAAGCAUUACUAUGACCACUACAUUGCGCCGCGGAGGGUUGAAUAGUACUCGCACUAUUUCCCGGAUAGCUAAAUAGCAAACUAGAUUUACACAGGUUAUGCGUAAGUACAUAUA